CGCCGAAAUAAAAUCAAAAAUGUCAACCGAACUUGUUUUGGUAACAGGCUUUGUUAGUGCUGAUAAAUUAAGAUGAAUAUAAUAUAAAUUAUUAUAAUGUGUUACCCGACGAUUUAAAAGGUACUUUCUUGUCAAAGAUGAUCAAGUUCCAAGGUAAGAACCUCUGUGAGAGGCAUAAAGAGCUUAAUUUAAAAGUAAAUGAGGCAGCCAAAAGUGAUGUGGAUUUCCGGGUGUUGAAAACAAUUAAAGACGAUUCUGAUGUUGAUCGUCUCUUCAAGAUAGACCUAGCAUCAAAAUGCAGAAAUAUUGAUUUUAUUAUAGACCAACUGAAAUGUGGUGACAACUUGUAUAUCACUAGAGCUCUCAAAUGUGAUUGGAUGUAUGGCAAUGACUUUGCUUAUAUAUUCAACCCAAAUUAUUUACAUGAGAAAAUAUUCUCCAUAAUGUCUGUAAAAAUUAAGCACAAGACAUUGACCGCAAUAUCCAUUCAUGUUAGGGAUGAAGGCAGAGCACAACUUUUUUAUGAGUACUGUACCAAUCAUAACUUGACAAAACAUGCUUAUAAAUUCCUGAUGUUUACAUCUGAAUCCUUCAAACAAAAGUUCUUGAGUGAUGAAGAGAAUUUUAAAAAUGUACAGCAUGAGCAUUGCAUCGCUUUGAUCGGCAAUUCAUUUCUUUUGGCUGAUACAUAUGGUAAAAUGGGAGGCCAUAUUAAAAAUAUCUCCUACUUGUACUCUAUCAAUGAGGACAAAUAUUUAGACCUUUAUGAGAAGUACACCACACCUAAAAAUUAUAUGGAACAUGUACAAGUGGGAGCAAAGAUAUCGAGAAGUAUUUUGAAAAAGCAUAAAAACAGAAUAUUGAAAGACUCUUCAUUAUAUUUAAGCAUGCUUAAAACAAGUGAAGUAGCAAAGUACAGUUCACCUGAAGAUGCACAGGUCUAUGCUACUGCUCUAUUACCAAAAGAUGUUAAAGAAUUCUGGCAAAUCAAUUUUUAUGUGACUUACAAGAACAUAUUGGAUUUGAUAAAAAUAGAUCUGUUCAAAUUCAUCAAAAAAAUAUUCACCGAUAAGUAUCCCUCAGAAAAAUUCGAAAUGAGUAAAGAAUUUUUUCUCUUUGGGUAUUACGAUUUAUUGAAUGAGGAUGAUAAAGAAAUAUGGGCUUUAAUGCAUUUGGAGAAGCAAUUAGGGAUCAUACCUGAGUAUGAGUAUUACCGCUGGUUUGAGUUUAUCAGCUUUUCAAAAACUUUUGAAGUAAUAAAGAAGCGAAUUUUUGUUGCUGUGGAUUGGGGUAAGAAGUUAGAAUUGUUACAUUUUUUGGUGAAGUCUGCAAAAACUCAUAAAGAAAUAUCAAAAGUACUAAUUUAUUAUUUUGAAACUUAUGCCAACGAAAAAAAAGAGAGAACACAAAGUUUUUUAGAAUAUGUUGUUGAGCAGCAUAAUGUACUUGAUUUUCCUGAUGCUUGCUGGAGUGUGUUUGAUAAACUAGUGAACAGUAUUGGGUUAUAUGCGUCCUUUUGCAAACACAACAUACUCCUUGACAUUUCUAUUCUGUAUCACAUGAUAACAAAUCAACCUUUUCCACAUUUCGACCUGAGUGUCUACUUGAGUGGCACUUUUUACUAUUGUUUCGAAAUGUUACCUUGUAAUAACAAAUUGAGUAAAGAGAGGAAAGAACAAGUAUAUGAUUAUAUGUUUAAAUUUUACAUGAAGAAAAUUGCAGUUUAUGAAACACAGGAUUACAAUGAACCAUUAAAAGUUGAAAUUCGACCAUAUUUGAAAAGUCUGGCGAGUUUGAAAUAUUAUUUUGAAAAUAAAGACGACUAUCCAAGCCUUGUUAUAAAAUUUAUGAAAUUAGACCUUGAAAAUUUCAAACAUAAUUUAGAAAUCAAAGAUCAAAUUUUUACAGAGGGAUAUUUGAUUAGGUGCUUGAAAAAAGAUCCCAUAAUGAUCAUUGACCAAUUCAACUUAAUUCAGGAAAACAUACAGUGGAAAGGAAAGACCGUAGCCAGCACAUUUUACGAUAAAAUGAAAAUUUAUUUUUCGGAAGACCUGGCAAAGCAGUAUUUAAGUUUGUGCAUAAAGACACUUAACAAUAUCUCAAGAGAAUACCCCAGGCUUGAGAAGAAAAAGUUUGUAUUUGUUAAUGUUUAUGCGAUAUUUAAACUCGGCGACGAGCUUAUUAAAUCAGAUAUUAUGGAGAAACAUGAACCUAAAGGCCCUAAAAUAGGCUGGAGAACGGAUUGUUACCAACAUUUUGUCCGAAUGGGUAUUUGUGCUUUCCAGGGUUAUUCUCGACCACCGAUGCCAUUCUCCAAAACUCGUCCUUACAUCAGAGGAGAGUAUUUGCGUCAUAGUCAGGGGAUAAUAAAUAUGUAUCUCAUGCAAUUAUCUCCGGACUCACUUGUGGCAUUCAUAAGAUUAUUAUUGAUAUCACCCUUGUCUAUCCAAAAGGUAGGUUUACGCUUAGCUUUCCAUGUUUCAAAAACAAGCGGCAAGAGAAAUCUAGUCAUAACUGUGUGGCUGAAUACGAAAUAUGAUUCAGUGCGAAAAAAUCUUUACAAACUAAUUGUUGACAGAGUCGGGAAUAAAAUAAAGCAACGUCAAGAAACAUUCCACGUUUUACUCAAGCUUACGUCCAACGUCAAAGAGGGCGACAAUGAUGAAAUAUUUAAAUACUUCAAAGGAAAUAAAUUACCUGAAUGUCUAAGAGGUUCGUAUUUACAAACUGCCUGGAAAGCUGUAUCGACUUUGCCGGAAUCUAGCCAGAAUGAUAAACGCAAAAUCCUGGUUAUAAAUGCAAUGAUAUCUAAUUUAAGAUUGUUGGACGAAGUGUUUGUUGAAGCAUUGAUCAAAGAUUUCCUCCAAAAAAUAUGGACUAAGCUAAAACAGAGUCCGGAAGAAAAUUGUCUUGCUAAUGAUAAAUUGGCUAACGCAACAUGGCGAUUUAUAAACGAAUAUAUUCUUGAUAUUCCGAAUGAUGGCAAAGAAAACAAAACUAUGAAGAUUGUAGAAAAUAUCAUAACUGAAUGCUUCCAACAUUGGAACGAGAAGCUUGAUGGAGAAUUUCAAUUCCAAUUGUUUUUCAAAGACUUUGUAAACAAACUCGAUGAAAACGCUUCAACCACUGAAACACAAUAUUCCAGAGUAACUCAUAUAUUCGAAUACAUGCUAAAAUCUUUUGAAGAGAGGUUUGGUAUAACUGAAAUGUACUCAUACUUUUGGGAUUGCCAGCUAUUGUUGUUAACUAGGAUAGCCAUAGACGGCAGAGAACAAUGUGACAGAGAUGUUCAUAUCCGUUUUGGAUUAGAAGUCGGCAAGUUUGUAAAGAAAUUGAAGGAAAAAAACUGUUACUACGUUUCAUUCUUACGAAAAAUUGUUGGCAAAAUAUCGAAAUGUAUGGAAAUCUUGUGCAGUUUAAAAUCUCCGCCAUUGACUGAUAGAUACGUGAAGAUUCUUGUGGCGUACGGACUAACUAUUUAUGGGAUGUACGAGACAAAUGUUCUUGCACUUGAAAUAUUACCUGAAGACCUGUCAGAUGGUCCUAUAAAUGAAGCAGAAUUGCAACAAAUUAUAAUGCGAAUCAAAAUACAAAACAACGAAGAACUCAACACCUUAAUGAACGAUAAGUUUGUGUAUAGUAAUUUAAAAUCAAGUAGAAUGAUGUGAUAAAUAUAAAAAAAAAUCAGACAUUGAAAAUCGAAAUCUGUGAUUGUAUGUGAUUUACUAG